AUCAACCCUCCACAUGUCACAGAACGAUAACGCCCUACUUUAACGUUUGCAUCCAUCAAGAUGAGUUUGGACAUACCGCACCUUCCCGCAGAGAUACAUCGCCUUAUUGCAACAUACGUCCACCGGGAAGAUCUACCACACUACCGGUUCGCAAGCAAACAACUAUGUGUGAUAGGCACCCAAGAGCUCUUCAGCACCGUUGUCUUUCAUUACAGUACCGCGAGUAUUGAGCGCCUGAAAGAGCUCAGUGCGAGCGACCGUAUUCGAAAUUGUGUGAAGACCAUCUUCUGGGAUGACAAUCGAUUUAAGAUAUUUCGUGUGGAAAGCAUGUACGAAUGGAAACUGCAUUGUGAUUACAGAGCAGGUCUGAAUCUGCUUCGAGAACACCGCACCGCAUCACAAGAGCUAUAUAGGCCCCUCUAUGCUCAGCUUUCGGGGAACCGAGAAGAGUGGGAGGCAUAUGGAAACAACGUCCUGGACGAGAAGAUUGCAAGACAGGCUGCGGAACAGCUCGAGGCACUCGAAUGCUUCCAGAAUCUACGAUCAGUUCACGUGGUUAAUGGCGAGCUUUGGCCAGCCCACCGUGGUGUGAGAAAAGUAGCACACGUGUUACCACACGCUUUGCCUACACCACCUGUCUUGCGUAGAGGAGAAGGCAUCGCCGAUUUCUACAGUCUGCCAGGAAUUGAGGCCUUCAAGACUAUACAGAGAUACUGCAAAUCGUCACUGAGAAAACUCAAGCUGGACAGAGUACAUCCUUCGGCUUUCGUUUCGUCGGAACUGGGCGAUUUACAUUGCUUGACAAGUCUGGAUAUCACAAUAUUUGGAUACUCGGGUGACUGGCGCUUCCAGUAUGGACUAACGUUGGGAAAACUAAUGGAGAAUCUGGAGAUGUUCAUGGCGUGUCUACUACAGCUUGAAAGCCUGAAAAUUGGCCUGGGAAACGGAGCAUUGACCCCCACCGCACCUCUUGCAAGCAUACACCACGUUUUUCACACCGAGACUACAUGGCCCAAGCUACAGAAAUUAUCCUUAUCUGGAUUUUCUGCUACACCAGAUUCACUGGCGUCACUUCUUGUCAAACACAGCUCCACGUUGAAGGAUCUCAGGCUGCGCGACAUCUCGUGGGAAAAGGACGCAAGCGACGCACCAGAAGAAAAGAAAAAGGUACCUUUGAGGUCUAUUCAACAGUGUGCAUGGCCGCGGGUACUGCAAGAGAUAGCGAAGUGCUUAUCGCUCGAGCGUUCGACUGCAUCGGGAACGCUUGGUGAAAACGGGGAUGUGCUAGGAUGGCAACUGGACAAGGACGAUGAGCUCGCUGCCGAUGUUGAGAAAUAUCUCAUCAGUGGAGGGCAGUGCCCGCUGACGGCAUACAACGCUCAUUUUGCGAUUGACAAUUGCGAACUCCCGCCAAUCUCGGUUGCAUCAUAGUAGCGACGCAUCAAGUACGCAAAUGCUCCUUCUGACGAGCCUUAAUUCAAGGCACUUCUUGGGAAUCUACACGCCACUUUUGCCUUCAGGG